AUGAAAGAAUUACAACAAGCUCGUCUUGAUUAUACAAAAUUUUUGGAACAUCGUUCAAAUGAACUUCUUCCUGGUGGUGUACUUAUUCUUUGUAUUGGUUGUACAAAUGAUAAUGGUUCUCAUGGUGGUAUUGAAAUCACUUUCCAACUCUUAUACAAAUGUGCAAAAUUAUUACCAAUGACAGAAGAAGAAUUACUCGAUUUUACUUUCCCAGUAUAUUAUCAUAAUUAUGAAGAACUUAUUGAUUAUGAUUUAUUUAAAAAAUUUUCAUUGAAAUUAAUCAAAUUUGAAUUGUGUGAAAUUCGAAUAGAUAUGCUGAUUCGAUUUCAACAAGGAGAGUUGACAUUGGAUGAAUUUGCAAAACAUGGUACACAAUUUGUGCACAGUUGGAGCGAGCCUUUAUUACAAGAAAUAUUAGAAAAGAAUAAUCAUCGUUCAAAAGAAGCUGUCAAAACUUUGUUAGAACAGUUUUGGAAUAUAUAUGAACAAGAAGUAAAAGAACUUGCAAAUCAAUUCGAUAUUCAUGGCUUUAUAACUUUUCUAAUAUUGAAAAAAGAUUUAUUAUGA